ACAAAAUACAAACUCACAAAUAGUCAGCUAUAUUUCACUAGCACUGAAGUUGUCAUGGCUCAAUACAGGUCAAUUCUGACUAUAAUUGGCAUUACUUUUCUCUUCUCUUCAUUCACCACUAAUGCAAAUGAACGCCCUGUUGAUGAAAGGCCUAAAGAAAAACAAAGCAAUUCACAAGUCUAUAUUGUUCAUUGUGAGUUUCCCGAUAGUGAAGGCACUAGCAGAUAUCAAGAUUUAGAUAGUUGGUAUCUUUCUUUCUUGCCUGCAACAACCUCAGAUGGCUCUCGUGAGGCGCCACGAUUGAUCUAUUCCUAUCGAAACGUUCUAACAGGCUUUGCAGCUAAAUUAUCACCAGAUGAUCUCAAGGAAAUGGAGAAAAAGGAAGGAUUUAUUUCUGCCCGCCCUGAAAAGCAACUUGAUUUAUACACCACACAUAGUCUCAAUUUCUUGGGGUUGCACCAGAACAUGGGGUUCUGGAAUGACUCAAAUUACGGAAAAGGUGUGAUCAUUGGAGUCAUUGACACGGGAAUUUUCCCGGACCACCCUUCGUUUAGCGACGCUGGGAUGCCCCCACCCCCUGCUAAAUGGAAGGGUGAGUGUGAAUUUAAUGUUACAAAGUGUAACAACAAGCUCAUUGGAGCGAGGUACUUCCAGUCCUCGGGGAACGGGUCACCAUGGGACGAAAAUGGACAUGGUACGCACACUGCUAGCACGGCUGCUGGAAAUUUCGUGCCAGGUGCUAAUAUAUUUGGCAAUGCUAAUGGCACUGCAGCUGGUGUUGCACCUCUAGCUCAUGUUGCUAUUUACAAAGUGUGCUCCGCUAUCACUUGUUCUGAAAGUGACAUUUUGGCUGCAAUGGAUAUGGCUAUUGAAGAUGGUGUCGAUGUGCUUUCGCUUUCCCUUGGAGGUGUUGCUUAUAAUUUCUAUGAAGACGUCAUUGCAGUUGGUGCAUUUAGUGCAAUGGAAAAGGGGAUCUUUGUUAGUUGUGCUGCUGGAAAUUCAGGACCAUACAGGUUUUCGACAUCUAAUGACGCGCCCUGGAUUUUAACAGUUGGUGCAAGUACCAUCGACAGGAAAAUUAAGGCUACUGCUUUGCUUGGAAACAAUGAAGAAUAUGAUGGAGAAUCAGCUUUUCAACCUAGUGACUUUCCUCCAACACUGCUGCCUCUUGCCUAUCCGGGGAGCAAUGACAGUGACAUUUUGGCUAAAUAUUGUUACCCUACUUCGCUGAACAACACGAAUGUCACGGGAAAGAUAGUGUUGUGUGAGGUUGGUAUUACACCGCAAGUUUCUAAAGGAGAAGCAGUGAAGGCCGCUGGUGGUGCUGCCAUGAUUAUUAUGAAUACAGAAAACCUGGCUAACACAACACUAGCCGAGGCACAUGUCCUUCCGGUGACACACGUUAGCUAUGCAGAUGGUCUAAAAAUCAAAGAGUAUAUAAACUCAACAUUAAUCCCUACUGCAACAAUAGUAUUCAACGGAACUAUUAUCGGAGAUGAUCGUGCUCCAGUGGUUGCUGGAUUUUCUUCCAGGGGUCCAAGUUAUACAAGUCCUGGAAUUCUAAAACCGGACAUUAUUGGUCCUGGUGUUAACAUCCUAGCAGCUUGGCAUGUUUCCUUGGAGAACAACACGAACACAAACUCUAAUUUCAACAUGAUUUCAGGUACCUCAAUGUCUUGUCCCCAUCUCAGUGGCGUUGCAGCGCUGCUAAAAAGUGUUCACCCUGAUUGGUCUCCAGCUGCAAUUAAGUCAGCAAUUAUGACAACAGCUGAUGUCUUAAAUCUCGGAUUGAACUUCAUCGAGGAUGAAACGUACCUUCCAGCUGAUGUCUUUGCCACGGGUGCAGGCCACGUUAAUCCAUCGAAAGCAAAUGAUCCCGGCCUGAUAUAUGGCAUUGAACCAGCCGAUUACGUAUCUUACCUAUGUGGUUUGAAUUACACAAAUAGACAAGUUGGGAUCUUGUUGCAGCGUAAAGUUAACUGUUCAGAGAUAACUAGCAUCUUAGAGGGUCAACUAAAUUAUCCAUCAUUUUCGAUUAAACUCAGGGCCGACUCAGCAGCUCAAACAUAUUCAAGAAAUGUGACGAACGUAGGACAAGCCAACUCUACAUAUAGUGUUGAAAUUGUUUCACCACCGGGCGUUGAUGUAAAAGUUGAACCAACUACACUAGUUUUUUCAGAGGUGAACCAGAAAUUGAGCUAUCAAGUGACGUUUACACCUUUGCCUAGUAAUCCAAGUACCGGUUAUUAUCAGGGAUCUCUCAAAUGGAUUUCUGACAAACACAUCGUUAGGAGCCCAAUUGCUGUGAGAUUCAGCUUUUUCUGAAAAGGAAAUGAAGGAGCUGAUAUCAGUGACAUGCUGAUCAAGUUUUUUCAUUUGUAAUAAGAGCAUUUUCACCUUACAACGUGAAAAUGUAUCUUCUUCUCUUUCUUAUUUUAUUUGGUAAUUUCCUGUUUUAUCUUGUUAACAAGAGUGAGACACUGUAAAUACCAAAUAUGUGUGUUUUUCUUUUUAUCUCUUUUUAGUGUCAAGUUGAAUGUAUCAGAGUUGAGAUUUAUGUCGUCUGUUUUUUGCUCUUGUCAAUACAAUCAUAUUCUUAUUCUA